AUGACAAGAGUAGAUAUUGCUUUUGUGGUUCAAAGUUUGCACAAACCAAAACACUCUCAUAUGGAAGCUGCCUUGAGGGUUGUCAGGUAUAUUAAGGGGGCACUAGGACUUGGCCUACUAAUGCCAGCUGAAUCAUCUAGUACCUUGGAGGCCUUGUGUGACUCAGAUUGGGCAGGAUGUCUUCAAACCAGAAAGUCUGUUACAGGUUACCUAGUUAAGUUUGGAGGUGCCUUGAUUUCUUGGAAGUCAAAGAAACAAGACACCAUCUCUAGAAGUUCCGCUGAGGCAGAGUUUAGAAGCAUGGCAUCAGUGGUAGCUGAAUUAACAUGGUUGACAGGGCUGUUUAAAGAGCUUGGGAUAAGCAAUCAUCAGCCAAUGCAUCUUCAAUGUGACAACAAGGCUGCCAUUCAGAUAGCUCACAAUCCAAUAUUUCAUGAAAAGACUAAACACAUAGACAUAGACUGUCAUUUGUGA